CGGAAGCGGCGGCAGGAGGAGGCGGGCUGAGGGUGCACGGCACCGGGAGGAGGAGGAGGAUGGCGGCGGGGAUGGCGGCGGCGCUCUAGCAGGAGGCGGCGCGGACACGCGUGAAUGUGGUCUCCGGCCCCCGAGUGCCCCGUCUCCGAGAUCUAACAAUACAAUGUCAAYGGGAAGGUUACGAGCAAAAAAAAAGGCAUGUUCUUCAGAUCAGUCUCCAGACAACCUUCCUGUGAGGAGUUCUGGAAGACAGGUGAAGAAGAAAGCRGCUGAAGCAGCAGAUGAUGAUGAUGAAGCGUCAGAGAAGAAAUAUAGAAAGUGUGAAAAAGCUGGAUGUACUGCAACAUGUCCCGUUUGCUUUGCCAGUGCAGCUGAAAGAUGUGCUAAAAACGGGUAUACAUCUAGAUGGUAUCAUCUGUCCUGUGGGGAACACUUCUGCAAUGAAUGUUUUGACCACUACUACCGAAGCCAUAAAGAUGGUUAUGAGAAAUACACUGCCUGGAAAAGGAUUUGGACAAGUAAUGGUAAAAGCGAGCCCAGUCCAAAAGCCUUUAUGGCUGAUCAACAGCUUCCUUACUGGGUGCAGUGCACAAAACCAGAGUGUGGUAAAUGGCGACAGCUGACUAAGGAAAUCCAGCUGACACCACAAAUAGCAAAAACCUACAGAUGUGGUAUGAAACUGAACAAUUCCACCAAGACUGAGGGCUCAGACCAGUGUUCCAUGCCUGAGGACUUGAGAGUGGCUGAAGUUUCAGACCAUUGGUGGUACUCCAUGCUCAUACUCCCUCCUUUGCUGAAAGACAGUGUGGCAGCUCCCUUUCUAGCUGCAUAUUAUCCAGACUGCGUGGGCAUGAGUCCAUCCUGUACCAGCACUAAUCGGUUACCUGGUGAAUCCAACCUUGUGAAGUUAGAGCACUUAAAGAGCGUGCCUAAUGUGACUGUUGCAGGYAUGAACAAGUAUUUCCAGCCUUUUUACCAGCCCAAUGAAUGUGGGAAAGCACUUUGUGUAAGGCCAGAUGUCAUGGAACUGGAUGAGCUCUAUGAGUUCCCAGAAUAUUCACGAGACCCUACCAUGUACCUGGCAYUGAGAAACUUGAUUUUGGCUUUGUGGUACACAAACUGCAAGGAGGCUCUUACCCCUCAAAAAUGUAUCCAUCAUAUCAUUGUUCGGGGGCUUGUGCGGAUUCGCUGUGUACAGGAAAUGGAGAGGAUCCUGUAUUUUAUGACAAGGAAAGGGCUAAUUAAUACAGGGAUUUUGUCAGUCAGUCCUGACCAGUACCUUCUUCCUAAGGAAUACCACAAUAAAUCAGUCAUUAUUGUUGGUGCUGGUGCAGCAGGAUUAGCAGCAGCCCGACAAUUGCACAACUUUGGAAUUAAGAUCAUUGUCUUAGAAGCGAAAGACAGAAUUGGUGGCCGAGUGUGGGACGAUAAGACAUUCUCAGGGGUCACUGUUGGAAGAGGUGCACAGAUCGUCAACGGAUGUGUCAACAACCCAAUGGCACUAAUGUGUGAGCAACUUGGCAUUAAAAUGCACAAACUAGGGGAGAAAUGUGACUUGCUCCAGGAAGGUGGAAGGAUAACAGAUCCCACUAUAGAUAAACGUAUGGACUUUCAUUUCAAUGCCAUCCUAGACGUCGUCUCUGAGUGGAGAAAAGAUAAAACCCAACAUCAAGAUGUCCCUCUUGGAGAAAAAAUACAAGAGAUCUAUAAAGCCUUUAUUCAGGAGUCUGGUAUCCAGUUCAGUGAACUGGAAGAAAAAGUACUACAGUUCCAUCUCAGUAAUUUGGAAUAUGCCUGUGGCAGCAAUCUCUCUCAGGUAUCUGCACGUUCAUGGGACCACAAUGAAUUUUUUGCCCAGUUUGCUGGAGAUCACACUCUUCUAACUGUGGGAUAUUCAACUGUGAUUGAUAAGUUGGCAGAAGGGCUGGACAUCCGGCUGAAUUUCCCAGUACAGAGUAUUGACUAUUCUGGUGAAGAAGUGCAGGUCACUACUGCAGAUGGAACAGUGUGGACAACCAAGAAGGUAUUAGUGACUGUACCACUGGCCCUUCUUCAGAAAAAUGCAAUUCAGUUUAAUCCUCCACUGUCAGAAAAAAAAAUUAAAGCCAUUAACAGUUUGGGAGCAGGAGUCAUUGAGAAAAUUGCCUUGCAGUUUCCGUAUAGAUUUUGGGACAGUAAAAUUCAAGGAGCAGAUUUUUUUGGUCACGUUCCACCCAAUUCCAGCCAACGUGGGCUCUUUAGUGUCUUCUAUGACAUGGAUCCAGAGGGCAAAGAAAGCAUUUUAAUGUCAGUGGUCACUGGAGAUGCUGUGACAACCAUUAAGAAUUUAGAUGAUCAACAAGUACUGCAACAGUGUAUGACUGUACUCCGAGAGCUGUUUAAGGAGCAGGAGGUUCCUGACCCAGUGAAGUUUUUUGUUACUCGAUGGAGCAAUGACCCUUGGCUGCAGAUGGCAUAUAGUUUUGUGAAAACAGGGGGUAGUGGUGAAGCUUACGAUAUUAUAGCUGAAGACAUACAAGGAAAAGUUUUUUUUGCUGGUGAGGCCACAAAUAGGCACUUUCCUCAGACGGUUACAGGAGCUUACUUGAGUGGGGUUCGAGAAGCAAGCAAAAUAGCAGCAUUUUAAGUACCGAAAUUUUGUGUUUAUAGAUAUAUUUUUAAUUGAUUUCUGUGGGUAAAACUAUCUUCAAGUUUCCUAUUGCUGCCUUUUUCCUACAUGGUACUUGAAUAGUAUAUGGUACCUGAAGAUAAAAUCUUCAUCUUCCUUUUCCUUUUUCUCUCCCACCCCAUUUUUAAGCCCUGAUGAUCCAUACUGUUGGGGGCUUUUUUCCAGCUAUUACUAGCAGGAGUGACAUUGGAACCACUGGCCACAGCUUAACUAAGAGAACUUUUGACAAAAGUCCUCUUCUGUAUGGCUCGUCACGCUAUUUUGAACCUUCAUUUCAGAAGGUCAGAUUAAAACAAAACUAAGUUAACAUACAGCAUUAAAAAUGCUGGCAGUUAAUAAUGACAUGGGAAUCUUCCACUAAUUGUGCUUCUCAGGUUGAUUAUGCUCAUAGGAGUUCAAACUGACUUCCAAGAGCCCAAAUAGCCUAGAAAAAUUCUAGGAUUAAUAUAGGAAGGAACUCAACUAUCACUUUUCCCACUUGGAAUCAAUAACCUUUUCUAUAAUAUUUUUUCAUAUUCUUAGCUUCCAUUAAGUGAGCUUUGGGAUAUGAAGUUUGUUCCUUUAAAUAWGAGAGCUGGAACAGUUUACAGUGCAAUCAUGGAAAGGUUAUUGUAGCUAAUCAAAACUUGAAAAAUUAACUUUUACAUUACUUUAAAAAACAUUGAAAUAUUAUGUCUCCUACUUACUCAGAGAAAUUCUUGUUACAAUAUUAGGCUAAAAGUUUAGAUUUGCUCAUUGCUUCUGAGAAAGAUCCUGUAGAAACAGGACAUCUUGAAAAUACUAUAUUGCUAUGAUUGUUCUGAAAACAAGAUUCAGAUUUAUUUGGGUUGAGUAGAGGAAGUAUCUACUGAUAUGAUUGUACCAUGGGAGUUGCAGGACUCUAAGUUCCUAAUUGCUCAUUCAACAUUUAUAUUAAAAAACAAGUGAAGAUGAAUGAGGAAAAAUAUUAACACUCUUAUGAAGGGCUGAAACAAGGUGGUUUGCACUUUGACUUGAAGGGUUUUUUUUCUUUUAUUAUAAAGUAUUAUUAAAAUCAACUUGAGAGAGUAAUUCAGUAAGGGCUAGACAUCUAUCUUAUAGCUUUUCCAUGGGACAGGGACAAAAGUAUUUUUCAACAGAAAUAAAAGAGAGAUGCAACUGGGAUAUCUGCUGUAAUACUGUUCAACUAUAUUGGUAUUAAUAAAAAAAAAAAAAAAUAAAA